ACACACACACACACACACACACACACAGGGAAACCCAGGAGCCAUGUGGGCCCUCACCCUCAUCAGUGCGGGCUCCGUCUUCUUCCCCGGACUCUUCCUCCUGUCCAAACUGACCCUGAGACACAUGAUGGGAUGGGGGGAGGGGGAUGCUGCUGUCGUCUCCACACGCCUGGUGUCGUCCGUCCAGGCCGUCAUGGCCUCUUCAGCCGGAUGCGUCAUCGUCUCAUCCUGCAGGGACGUCAUGGAGGACAGACACUGGCUGACAGACGCCUACAUCCUGUUCGCCACGCCUUACUUUGCCUACGACAUCUACGCCAUGUUCCUGUGCCACUGGCACAAGCUGCAGGUCAAAGGUCACGAGGAGGAGCAGCAGCAGGAGGAGCUGGGGGCCGUCAGGUCGAGGGGGGCCGCUGUGGUGGGUUACCUGCGCAGAGAGGUGCUCAUGGUGCUGCACCACGUCUUCAUGGUCGCCUUCUGCUUCCCCGCCUCACUGCUGUGGAGGCAGGGGAAAGGUGAUUACUUCCAGGGCCUUUUGUUUCUUGCCGAGCUCAGCACGCCAUCUGUCUGUCUGGGGAAAGUCCUGAUCCAGUAUAAGAAGCAGCACACUCUGCUGCACAAGCUGAACGGAGUCGUCAUGCUGCUCACCUUCUUCACCUGUCGGGUCGUACUCUUCCCCUACCUGUACUACGCCUACAGCAGGUACGCUUCCAUCCCGCUGUACUCCGUCCUGCUCGUGGCCCCGUGGCAGUGUAACCUGGGGGCCGCUCUGCUCUGGCCCCUGCAGCUCUACUGGUUCACACUGAUCUGCAGAGGUGCCCUGCGCCUGUUCACGAGACGCCUGAACGCACCGCCGAAGACGUUCAAACCCGACCACGGCGGCUGUCUGACCCAGAGUAACGGCUGCACGCAUCAUCAGACGGACAGACACUGACGCUGCAGGAGAAGAAGAAGAAGUAAAGACAGAAAGAAACAAAAUGUCUGAGGAGGGAUGAGACCUUCAACACAAAGGUCAAACAAGGUCAGAGAAAACCAGAGAGAGGGUGACAGUUUCCCCUCAUCAUCAUCAUCA